CCUCUCGGGACGGACACCGACCACUAUAAAGGAAGGGAGUGCCCGUCAAGCGAGUCGAUCUCGCCGGAUAUCAGAUCGGGAUACUUUAGUGGCUAUGGCGGGGGUUUCGUUGAAGUGUGGAGACUGUGGAGCGCUGUUGAAAUCGGUAGAGGAAGCGCAGGAGCAUGCAGAACUCACAUCUCACUCGAAUUUCGCCGAGUCGACGGAAGCCGUGCUUAACCUCGUCUGCACGACUUGUGGCAAGCCUUGCCGCUCUAAAACCGAAAGUGAUUUACAUACGAAAAGAACGGGGCACACUGAGUUCGUAGAUAAGACAAUGGAGGCAACAAAGCCCAUCAGCUUAGAAGCUCCCAAGGUAGCUAUGGAGACUGAUGAAGCUGAUGAUGCGAGUGGUAGUGGUCAGCCAGCAGAAGAGAUGAUUGUUCCAGAAGUUGACAAAAAAUUGCUUGAGGAACUUGAGGCGAUGGGAUUCCCAACAGCACGAGCUACCCGGGCACUCCACUACUCUGGUAAUGCUAGUCUUGAGGCUGCAGUUAAUUGGGUGGUGGAGCAUGAAAAUGAUGCCGACAUAGAUGAGAUGCCAAAGGUACCUGCCAACACAAAAUUCGAAGCACCUAAACCUACUCUUACACCAGACGAAGUGAAGGCGAAAGCACAAGAAUUAAGGGAACGUGCUCGGAAGAAGAAAGAAGAGGAAGAGAAGCAUACGGAAAGAGAGAGAGAAAAGGAGAGAAUUAGGAUAGGCAAGGAACUCUUAGAAGCGAAGCGAAUUGAAGAGGAAAACGAAAGAAAGCGCAUUUUCGCCUUGCGUAAAGCGGAGAAAGAAGAGGAAAGAAAGGCUAGGGAAAAGAUUCGUCAAAAACUGGAAGAAGACAAGGCUGAAAGACGUCGGAGACUUGGCUUGCCACCCGAAGAUCCUGCCACUGCAAAACCCUCGACAUCAGUUGUGGAAGAGAAAAAGACUUCAUUGCCUGUCAGACCUGCGACGAAGGCAGAACAGAUGCGUGAGUGUUUGAGGUCGCUUAAGCAAAACCACAAGGAUGAUGAUGCAAAAGUCAAGAGAGCGUUCCAGACUCUACUGGCGUACAUAGGCAACGUCGCUCGAAGUCCUGAUGAGGAGAAAUUCCGGAAAAUUAGACUCACCAACCAAGCUUUCCAGGAUAGGGUGGGUUCCAUGAAAGGAGGCAUCGAGUUUUUAGAGAUUUGCGGGUUUGAGAGAACAGAAGGAGGAGAGUUCUUGUUCCUAGCACGGGAAAAGGUCGAGAUGGCGGUUCUGAACUCAGCAGGGUCGGAGCUCAACUCUGCCAUCAACAACCCUUUCUUCGGGGUUCUUUGAAGCUGAAGGAAACACAUAUUAUUACGGUUUUUUGUUGGAUUUUAUGGAUGAAAUGAAACCCAUCGUUUUGGUUAUUAUAUCAUAAGACUUUUGUUGGUAACAACAAAGUUCAUUCAUUUCAUGGUUUUGUUCCUUGAGUUGGAAGUCUUUAUCAUUUGUAGUGAUGCAUGAAAGAUGACAUGCAAUAGCUUUGUCCUAUGGUAGGUGUGGAUGCCAUGGUUUUUAUGUA